AUGGAAAUUUGCAAACAAGAAAUUCGAAUUAUUACGCUUGAGAAAGGGCAACAUCGGGAUGACGUAAUUCAUCGUCUACAAAAAGGUUGGCGAGUGAGAUUCGUUCGUGGCGCCUCCCUUCUCAGCUGCUCGGAUAUUCGGUUAACGUGCAGUGUUAGCUCAAGUGAAACGGUAAAAUGGUCGCAUGCUGAGGAUCCUUUAGCGUCAACUGCUGAGGUGCUAUGUGAAAAAGCGGGCGCCUUCAAAUACGAAUUCUUUAUUGAAAAUGAGUCGUCGUCCUCUGGCGGUGGCCGUUUACUUGUUAUGCCUUCACUUGUCAUCAACGAUCAAGAACUACCUUUAGAUGGAAUAGCCUGCAUUACUCACAUAACAAAGCUACUAGGUCCACUCAGUGAAUGGGAAUCGCGAUUACGCAUUGUUGGUGAAUGUGGAUACAAUAUGCUUCAUUUAACGCCAAUACACAGGCUUGGGAUCAGUCAAAGCGCCUAUUCAAUCAUGGAUCAUCAUGCUUUGAAUGAUUCAUUUCAUACGGAUAAUGAAAAGUUUACAUUUGAUGAUCUGCACGAAACUGUCAAGAAAUUGGAAAAAGAAUGGAAUAUAGCCACAGUUCAAGAUGUUGUUUGGAAUCACGCAGCUAAAAAUGCCCCGUGGCUUCAGGAACACCCAGAAUGUGCGUACAACUGCUUGAAUAGUCCCCAUUUACGACCGGCUUACGUUCUAGAUAGGAUUUUGCAUUAUUUUGGUAAAGAGAUUGGAGAGGGAAAAUGGGCCGAUCGCGGAGUCCCACCCGUCAUUGACAGUGUUCAUCAUAUUCAUAACAUUGAAUACAUUUUGCGAACGGAAGUUUUACCUCGGCUCCGUUUUCACGAGUUUUUCCAAUGCAAUGUCGAUAAUUUGGAAGAAAAUUUUAAAGAGCUCUGUCGAAAAGAGGCUCGGAGUGAUUUCCAAAGAUCGAAUUUACAAUUUGGUUUGAACAGAGAAUGGCGUCGCUUUGGACAAGAAAUCGACUUUGAUCAAGCCCUAAAGGAGUUCAAUAUACACAAGGAUGAUGCCACUGACGAAAACGACCGUAUCGAGAAAUGCGCUGGCGCUUUUCGAGGACAUUUGGAGCAUCUAAACAAUGAAGGAGCUAAAAAAUCCUGGGAUAUUUUAAUGACUGGACUGAAAGCCAUUCUUGGGCAUAUAUCUUAUGAAAGAGUGGAAGGCCAUGGCCCACGAAAAGGUUUGGUGCGUGAAGAGGAACCCCUGCUAUGCGACUAUUUUCUGCACACAUUUGAAGAAUCAUCAUGGGAAACCGACGAAGCGCUUGCAUUUGAUCCGAGAACUGCUGAGAAACUGAUGGCAUUUAAUGGUUGGGUGAUGGGACUUGACCCAAUGAAGAAUUUUGCUCUCGCCGAUUCUGAGGUGUAUAUCAGCAGAUUAUUGGUUUGCUGGGGUGAUUCGGUGAAACUAAAUUACGGCAAUUGUCCUGGGGACAGCCCUUACUUAUGGGAGUACAUGCGAAAAUAUACGCAACAAGUCGCUAAAAUUUUUCAUGGAAUUCGAAUCGACAAUGCUCACAGCACACCGAUACAUGUAGCCGAGUAUUUGCUUAAUUCCGCACGUGCAGUUCGACCAGAUUUGUAUGUAUUUGCUGAGCUUUUUACUGGAAGUGAAGACGCCGACAAUCUUUUUGUUAAUCGACUGGGGAUUACUUCAUUAAUUCGAGAAGCCAUGGCAGCUCCGGAUUCCCACGAACAAGGCCGCCUUGUCUAUCGUUAUGGUGGGGACUGUGUUGGAGCGAUGAGGCAAAAAUCAAUCCGACCGGCAGAACGAUCUGUAGCACACGCAAUGCUUUUAGACCAAAGUCACGACAAUCCAACCCCAAUAUUGACUAGAUCUAUUUGGGAUCUACUACCAACAGCUGCCAUGGUAUCAAUGGCUUCGUGUGCUGUUGGUUCAACUCGCGGAUACGAUGAACUUGUUAGGCAUGCGAUCCAUGUGGUUUCCGAGACGCGACUUUAUGCACAAUGGGAUCUCAGUGUGAAUGAAAAACAAGGGUUGAUACGUGGCCGGCGAGUGCUCAAUCAGUUACACCAACGUUUGGCGUUAGAGGGAUACACUCAGGUUUUCGUUGAUCAGAUGAACACAGAUGUUGUAGGAAUUACGAGGCACAACCCGGAAACACAUCAAACGGUGGUUCUUGUCGCGCAUACGGCUUUCAAAGGACCCAAUGGCAGCCCUGGAUUAAAAUGGAUUCCCCUUGGUGGUUCUCUACAAGAAGUCUUAUUCGAAAUGACGUUUGAAAAAGUUGCAGAAGAUUCUGAGCCAGAAAGUAACACCGCCUUGAUCGGGAUCACAAAUUUUUCCGUGAACGUCAAGGAAAAUUUGCUGGUUGAUGAGGCAUCAACUUGCUGCCUUCACGAUAAAUUUCUUGAAUUAAAAAAUUUUUCAUCCGGCACAAUUCUCGCUUACAGCGUUCAACUUGACAAAGAAGCGCAGCUUGCUAUGGAUCUAGCUCGCAAGUACAGUGAAGGGCGGGACAAUGAUCUAAAUCAAGAAUUGGAUAAAAUUUUAUCAACGCUAUCCUAUUCGGCAUUCCACUUUUUGCUAUUUUCGACUGCUGCAGAAGAUCAGACCUUGAUUGGACAAGGGGCAUAUGAUGUUCCAAAUCAUGGAUCUUUUGUAUAUUGUGGACUACAAGGAAUAAUACCUCUGCUGAAAAGAAUUCGGGAAAACAAUGAUCUUGGCCAUCCGAUAUGUCAGAAUUUGCGAGAUGGAACUUGGUUGGCCGACUACAUGGUCAAUCGUCUACGCGAGAGGAGCGGAGAAUUUAAAGAGUUAGCUGAGACCUGCUCAAAAAUUUUUGGACUUUUACCCGCUAUUCCAUAUUAUCUCCGGCCUUGCUAUUUUGAGGCAUUGGUUGGAUAUUUGUAUACUGCGAUCCGGAGAACAUUGAAUGAUCGCUUUUUAGCAACAAAUCCGUUGAUGAACUCGCAUUUGGCAAAAUCUCUUUUGUUAUCAACGAUUUCUUUUGUCGCCGACAUUCCGGGAGCUCGACUGUCUCCUUUGGUUGAUUCAGAAAAAAGGCAAAUUCCUUCACUUGCUGCUGGACUACCACAUUUCACGACUGGCAUUUGGAGAAACUGGGGUCGAGACACAUUCAUUGCACUACCCGGCUGUCUGCUUGUUCCUGGGCGAUUCGAAGAAGCGAAAAACAUCAUUCUUUCAUACGCUGGCUCAAUGAGACAUGGAUUAAUCCCUAAUUUACUUGCAGAAGGAAAGGGCGCUCGUUACAACUGCAGAGAUGCUACAUGGUUUUGGCUGUACGCAAUUGUUCGCUAUGCACAUAUGGCCCCAGAUGGUGAAGCGAUUUUAAAAGAAUCUGUUUUGAGAAUCUUUUCCACUGAUGAUGCUGAAUUUAUGGUUGACUCGAGGGUUGAAUCUCUUGCGGAGACAGUUACUGAGGCUUUGCAACGACACUUCUCGGGCAUUGCGUAUCGUGAACGUAAUGCUGGCACAGCAAUUGACGAACAUAUGAAAGAUGAAGGUUUUAACGUUCGAGUAUGGGUGAAUCGCGACAAUGGAUUUAUCUAUGGAGGUAACCAGUGGAAUUGUGGCACAUGGAUGGACAAAAUGGGCAGCUCUGAUAAAGCUGGGAAUAGAGGGCACCCGGCAACGCCAAGAGAUGGAGCAGCAGUAGAAAUCCAAGGUCUAGCUGUGGCCGUGCUUAAUCAAAUGGAAACUUGGGCCCAAUCCAGAAAAAUCGCUACUUUAGGAGUCUCUGAUGGUGAAUCGAAAUGGAGUUGGGGAGAAUGGAGUAAACGCAUAACGUCGAAUUUCCGUAAAUGUUUCUACAUCGAAGAAAACUGCGCUGACAAAUUUGUGAACAAAAAAGGUAUUAUCAAAGACACUUUUGAAUCCUCACAGGGGUAUACCGACUAUCAAUUGAGACCGAACGCUUGCAUUGCUGUUGCAAUUGCGCCCGAAUUGUUACCAAAUGAAUUGAGCUGGAAUGCUUUGGAAAUGACAAAACAGCACUUAUUGGGACCAUUGGGAAUUAAAACUUUAGAUUCGAGUGAUUGGGCAUAUAACGGCUGUUAUAAUAAUGACGAUGAUGGCUCAGAUCGCAAGACCGCAAAAGGAUGGAACUAUCAUCAAGGACCUGAAUGGCUUUGGGUAGCUGGAUAUUACUUAAAGGCAAAAACUGUUAUUGGCUCUAAAAUGGGUGCUGAUAAAUGGAAUGCUGCAAAGAAAGAGGUUGAAACACAUUUGGGGCGAUGUCAAGAGCACAUUGACUGUUCGACAUGGAGCUCACUUCCUGAGCUGACACAGGCAAAUGGCGAACAUUGUCACGGAAGUUGCCCAGCUCAAGCGUGGAGCGUUGGCGUUAUACUCGAAGCCUAUGUGGAUUUGAUCAACUUGCAAUCCAAAAUG